AUGUCCGGACGCCUAUUAAACAAAGUAUGUCUGAUUACAGGCACGGGUGGCAGUAUGGGUCGAGCAGCAGCCCUCAAGUUCGCCCAAGAAGGCGCCAAAAUCGUGGGAUGCGACAUCAACACCGCCAACGAAGCAGCCACUGUCAAAGCCGUGCAAGAUCAGGGUGGUGAAAUGAUAUCCAUGUCCCCAUGCGAUCUCACCAAACGUGAAAACUGUGAGCAGUUGGUCAACCUCGCCAUCAAAACUCAUGGACGCAUCGAUGCCCUGUACAACAACGCGGCAAUGGUCUACAUGUCCUGGAUGGACGACAUCAAAGAUGAGGACUGGUACAAGACGAUCGACCAGGAAUUGAAUCUGGUUUACCUUCUCACUCGAGUCGCAUGGCCACACUUGAAAGAGUCCGGUGCAUCCAUUAUCAACGUCGGCUCUGCCAGCGGCUGGAUCAGCCUCCGUCCGGUACCUGGUCUCGCUCACACCGCAGCCAAAGGUGGUGUAAUUGCCAUGACGCGGCAGUUGGCGAUGGAAGGGCGGACUCAUGGAAUUCGUGCCAACACGAUCUCGCCGGGCCUUAUCGAGACUCUUCAAACUGCGCCUUUGCUUGAAGAUCCAGAAUAUAGAGCGGGCAUAAUGCCGAAGAUCAUGCUUGGUCGCAGUGGUCAGCCUGAGGAGAUUGCGGCUGUGGCUAGCUUUUUGGCUUCGGAUGAGAGCUCUUAUAUCACUGCUGCAGAUAUUCGGGUUGAUGGAGGUAUGACGUCUUGGUAG